AUGGCUCCAUGGGAAGAGCUCCUCGACGAUGCCCACGGCCUCCGCGACGGCCAUGGCCCGGCCACAGCGAGGAGCUCCGCCAUGGGCGUGCGUCGACGAGAGCUAGCAGCAGUCCCCCAAGCACUAGAACCCGGCGCCUCGCCAUGGCAAGCACGGCCGCUCCCGCGCCCACCCUGCCCAGCGCCGCCUCUCCUCGCGCCGCGCCCGGCCGCCCCCUCGCCGGCCUGGCCUGGCCGUGCUUGCCAUGGCCGCGCCCGGCCCGGCCCGGGCAGCGCGCGCCCGCGCCGGCCUGCCCCGCCGCUCCUCGCCUCGGCCGCGCGCGCCCCGCGCCGGCCGCCCUCGCCUCGGCCGCGCUCGCGCCGGCCGCGCCUUCACCUGGCCGCGCCCGCGCGGCAGCCCCCGCCCGGCCUGGCCCGUCCCCGGCCGCGCGAGCCCCACCCCCGCAUCGGCCUCACCUGGCCGCGACCGCGCUCGCGCCCGCGCCCGCGCCACGCGCCGAACUUUGGCCUCGCGCUGCGCCGGCCGCGCUGCGCUGGCCGCCCCAUCGCCGGCCUCGUCCGCCCGCGCUGCGCCGGCCGCGUCCGCCCGCCCACGCCCGCGCCCAAGUCGCCCGCCCCCUGGCCGCGGUGCUCGCUCCGCGCUCGAGCCGGCAUGCCACGCAAUGGUGUGCAUGGCCGCACCCGCGCCGGCCGCGGCACCCCUGCCCUGCGCCCGAGCCGCCCCACGCCGCUGUAA